AGACUUCAGGAUGGGGCAAUUCAGGUUCCUGUGGCUGUUACUGGGUCUGUUUCCUGAGCUGGUUUGACUCGCUCCUCUCUGGAUGCUUUGGAAGAGCUUGUGGACAGCUGAGAGCUGCUAGCUGUCAGCAGAGCUCUGGUACUUCCAGACACAGGCUGUGCCCGGGACAUUACCUUCUGACAUCUGGAAACUGUUUUGGAGCUUUAAACUGUUUUGGAUGGAGCAGUCGGGAUCCUACUAACGAUUCGCUGAGCUGAUUCACUCUUAAAUUCAAAAGGCUGGAGAUUUGAUCGUGGUGACUGUACAUAGCACUUACCUCAACUCCAACAUAAAUUAAUGCCAACAGUAUGCCUAAACAAGUUGAGGUGAGGAUGCACGAGAGUCACCUGGAGCCCAUUGAGGCCAGGCCUCAGUCCAAAUGUGCCCAAAUCUGCUCCAAACUGUUCAAGAACCUUCUGCUCACACUCACCGUCCUCGGUGUGAUCCUGGGAUGUGUAUUCGGGAUGUUGCUCCGUGUCGCCUCCCCGAUCCACCCCGACAUUGUCAUGGUGAUUGCUUUUCCCGGAGACAUCCUGAUGAGGAUGCUGAAGAUGUUGAUCCUGCCACUCAUCAUCUCCAGUUUAAUCACAGGUCUGGCUGGUUUGGAUGCCAAAUCCAGCGGUCGCCUGGGAACCAGAGCUAUGGUCUACUACAUGAGCACAACUAUUAUUGCUGCUGUACUGGGAGUCAUCCUGGUGUUAGUCAUCCACCCUGGCAACCCCAAACUGAAGGAGAAUCUGGGCGAGGGAGAGAAGAACGAUGAAGUGUCCAGUUUGGAUGCCUUCUUCGAUCUGAUCAGGAACCUGUUCCCAGAGAACCUCGUGCAGGCUUGUUUCCAACAGAUCCAGACCGUCACGAAGAAGGUAGAGGUGGUUAUUGUGGAGGAUAUCAAUGUAACGUCUGUCGAAGGCCUGCUGGCUAACAUUACCAAGGAGCCUCAGUACAUCGUCAAAAAAUCCCUUCAGUUCAAAAGUGGCAUGAAUGUUCUGGGUAUGAUUGGUUUCUUUAUUGCAUUUGGCAUCUGCAUGGGCAAGAUGGGCGAGAGGGCCAGACUCAUGAUUGAAUUCUUCAACAUCCUCAAUGAGAUUGUGAUGAAACUUGUCAUCUUGAUCAUGUGGUACUCUCCCUUUGGUAUUGCCUGUCUUAUCUGUGGUAAGAUCAUCUCCAUCAAGGACCUGGAGGUGGUGGCCAGGCAGCUGGGCAUGUACAUGGUGACUGUGAUUGUUGGCCUCAUAAUCCACGGCGCAAUCUUCCUGCCCACCAUCUACUUUGUUAUUGUCAGGAAAAACCCCUUCACCUUCUUCCUGGGAAUCUUCCAGGCCUGGAUCACUGCCCUGGGGACAGCAUCCAGUGCUGGCACACUGCCUGUCACCUUCCGUUGUCUGGAGGAGAACUUAGGUAUUGACAAAAGAGUCACUCGUUUUGUCCUCCCAGUCGGUGCCACUAUCAACAUGGAUGGAACUGCUCUGUAUGAGGCGGUUGCAGCUAUCUUCAUUGCCCAAAUGAACGGCAUCUACCUUGACCCUGGUCAGAUUAUCACUGUCAGCCUAACAGCCACCCUGGCCAGUGUUGGAGCUGCCAGUAUUCCAAGUGCCGGCCUGGUGACGAUGCUCUUGAUCCUGACCGCUGUAGGCCUGCCAACCCAAGACAUCAGUCUGCUGGUUGCUGUUGACUGGCUGCUCGACCGAUUCAGGACCUCAGUGAACGUGGUGGGUGACUCCUACGGUGCAGGCAUCGUGUACCACUUGUCCAAGGCUGAGCUUGACGAGCUGGACCAACACGGGGCCAAAUCCGACGACAUUGAAUUGAUGUCGAAGAACCAGUCUUAUUACGAUGACAUGAAGAACCACCACGAAAACAAUUCCAACCAGUGCGUCUUAACCACUACCGCUAUCGCAACCACUAGUGCCACUGCUAACAAUUCUGUCGUAGUAGAUGAAUGCAAGGUAACCUCAGCCACUAACGGCUCUGCUGCGGAGUGCACGCUUGUUGAGGAGGGACCAUGGAAACAUGAAUAAUGGCAGCACAGAGAUCUCCUGCUCCUGGGCUCCACAAGCUUUCCUAUCUGGUGAAAAAAAGAGUGAAUGAAAAAAAAGUCACACGAACAGAACUACUAAUUGUUUUUUUUAUGUAGCUUUCUUUUUUUUAUUAGUCCCUUUAAAAGUUUUUGUAACUGUCUAUCUGACUGAUUUAUAAUACUAAUUCACUUAAUUCACGUGAAUCGAUAACAGAGGUAUACUUGACCUAUUAGAGCACAGUUAUGUCCAUAUAGCAGAUACUUGCACAACAUACUUCAAGGCUUGGGGAGGAAAGGACGAGAAAACAAGUUAGAUACACUAUGCUUAGCAAUAUAUCCUGGUUCUACAUUUAUGAUAUGUUAUUAAGAUGAGAUGAGAAGUUAAAGCAUUAAUCUUGACAACCAAUGUAAUGUUUGCUUUUCCAUAUCAGCUCAGCCUCUCAUCUAAAAACAUCACUUUUGGUUCUCAAACUGUCAGACUUUAAACUGCAUCUGACUGCAUUGGCCCAAUAUUACCGGUUAUCCCUGAGGUCCAGCAAACUGAUGAAAGGGUAGGAGGCAUGGAGAACAGUUAGGAACAGGAUAACCUCACUGAGCCUCAUAACCUACAAGCACAGUCAUAGUGGAAUUAUAAAGCACAAAUCAUACCAUGGACGCCAUUUUUUUGUAUCCCCUUUUGUUUUCCUUUUUUUUCUGCUGUAAAGGAAAGGGACUUCUUUGUCCUAAUGUAACCUGUUGAGUGAGAUAUAUAUGUUGUGUGUGUGUGUGUGUGUGUGUGUGUGUGAGAGAGAGAAAGAGAGUGAGAGCUGGAGUUAAGAACAUGACCAAGUUAAGUAUAGGGACCAAACAAGCAGAAAAUCAAUCAACUCAGAGGCCUUUGAACUGCCUCCAUGACGUCACUCACAACACAUUAUUCAGUUUUCUAACAUUUAUGUCCAUUAAUCACUGCCUGGCAGCGCAGUUGAUAUUACCACCGUUUCUGUUGAAGCCUCAAAUCUAAGAAAAGCACUGCCCUUCUCUUCCCCCCCCCAAAAACAUAUUUAGUGAUGCCAAUGAAAUUAAAAGAAGAUUAGGCGCCAAAGGGAUUGUUGUAAAAAACAACAGUAAUAAAUAAUUGACCUAUCUGAAUAAUUUGUAGCACAGAAAGAGAUCAUAUAGAGCACAAACAGAAUGAUAGAGCACAAAUAAAGCCAAUGAGGAUCAUUUUCAGUCAGUGGCAUAAUCAAAGUCAUGCACAUUAUUGUUUCAUGUCAGCACUGAUUGUAUUCCAAGUUUAAAUUUGAGUUUUGAAAAAAGACAAUAAGGGACAGUGGAAGAUACUCAGGCUUGUAUUUGUAUUCUUUUACAGGGAAAAGAAAGUAACCCUAAAAUGUUUACUUCCUCAUUGUGGAGCUUAAAGAAAUGGCCUCUUAUUGCGGCACGCCUUUUCCAAGCAUUGACCUUGAAGAUGGUGACAGUGUACUGCAAAUAUAUUUGUUGGAAGACAGUAAUUCCAUGAUAUGAUAAUAUGCUGGGAAGGGAAGUUUCAUAGCACAAACCGGAAGCACACACACACAUAUGUCGGACAACAUUCCAGCGAUUGAAUGAUCUUCAACCUGCAUGCAUACUCUCUGCAAGCACAGACACGGUUAUUAUUGACGGUUAUUUAUUUAAAGAAACAGGAAGAAGUAGUGCAAGGUUUGGCUGACAGAUGUAUUCUUGGCUUGCACAAACAGAGACAGAUCACUGAUAUAACACUUUCCGGGAGGCUUGCCAGCUUCUUGUUCAGCCAGACCUAAAAGAAGGUAAACAACAAUAUAUUUUAGCCACCAGAGCUCAAUACUGUUUCUACAAACCCUAGAUGCUGCAGCUGUGUGUCCAUAUGGGUUCAAAUAUGUUGUUUUAGGACAAUGGACACUUCACAUGCAUUAUGCCAGAAUGUUGCCACCUAUCAGGUAAUAUGAAUAUACUGUAUUCCUCUCAUAUAACCAAAUGGCUUAAAAAGACCUGCAAAUACAGAAAUGAAGCCGGACUACUGGCUGUUAAUCCUUUUUAGCCUGCAUGGGUGAGAGGUGAGACUUCUGUGAUGUGCAUUAUGUCCUUCUCUCCUGUCUUGUUUAUUUUCAUUUGUGCUUAAUGACAACCUUGCCUUGAAGAUGUUCACUUCAAACAAAUCCCAACAACAAAUGCCAGUAAGAGUAACACUAAGAAACUUAACAACACACUUAGCACAGCACUAUGUUCUUUAGUUCCUCAAACACACUCUCGGAAGAUGUCUUUCAACUUUACUUUGUUUUAAGCUCGGCUAACAAGUGUGCUUCGAUCCAACCAAGAGUGCACACACACAUUCACCAUUGUUUUAAAAUGCUCACAUAUAAACACACACACAAACACUCUUAAACCUGGAAACUACAUUUCUAAUUGUAAUCAGAGAGCUGCUGAGCACAGCACUGACACACAUCGGGCCCUCUGAGCCUGAGCUUUCAACCUUGUGAUCUUCAGGAAAAGAAAAAAAAAAACUCCUUUAAGGAGACAAUAUAGACCACAGUAUCAUUGAUGGGGAUUGAGUGUUGGACCACUAUUAUGUCCAAACUCAUGGUUUUAGAAGCAUGAAUAAAAUAAAAUAAUAAUUAUUUUUUGCACCACUAUCUUAAAAGCAUGAUAUUUUUAAGUGCCUCCUUGCACUUUGUGUAUAUAUUGUAGGUAACAGAUGUUUUUUGUUUAUUUGUUUUGUUCCUUUUGUUUUCUUUUGUGAGGCGUUGAAAUGGUAUAUAGGACUAUAGUUGCAUUGCUGUGACAUUUUUGAAGUAAUCCUUUAGAAAAAAUAUAUCAUCUAUGUCCUGAGUAAAAUUAGAUUAGACAAAAUGCAUAGAGAGGAAAUUGUGUAAUAAAUUGCUUGUUUUUCUGUUCUCUAAUAGUUGUUAACUAGAUGUUUUACUUACCUGUCACACACCAAUAUAUAAAUAUCUUUUUUUUUUUUUAAUCUAAUGUAAGAGUUUUGAAUGUUUGUUCAUGAAGAUAUAAGCGGUGUGCAUUCAUUUUCAUUGUACAUAAAUAAAUAUAUAAUUGUUCUGUUCAGUGGGGAAGCAGACUUUUCUGGAAAUUACAGUGAUCCUGAAGCAAACGCUGUUUGAGAAAGAGAGAGACAGAAAGAGAGCGAGGGGAAGUCUUUGGUUCGAAGAAAGGGGGCCAACACAAGAUAUAUUUUGGUGGGAAAUACUGUGAUAAAGGUUGCUGAAAAGAAGGACAAAUAAGGAAAAGGUAAAAUGUGCCCUGUAUGUAGGAUAGAGUGAGGAAAAUAACAGCCUAGUUGUUGAUUUGAGUGAAAGAACAAACAACAUUUGAUGCAUUCAGAUGCCGGUUACAGUAUAGAGCAACAUUCCUCAGGUGACUCACCUGAACCAUUUUGUUUUUUCCAAUGAAGAAAACUGGCUUUAGUCUCAGGCAUCUCUGUUUACCUGGUGCACGUGCAUUUAAAGCUGCAUAUCUAUAUCUUUGACAUUCUCGGUUACCUUGUCUAAACGCCACAACUUCACACACAUUUGACCGUUGACGUGCUCUCAACAUUAUGGAGGUUUAUAGAAAUCCCACUUGAUAAACCGCCUUUACUCCACUUGCCUUUUUAUUGCUUUCUACACAGAAACUAUAUGCACUAACAAACACCUGGAACUGGAGCUGAGUUAAAUGUUACCGAUGAAAUGAGAUUUGAUUGACACAGUAUUUCAAACAAAGAGACAGUAUAUCUUCAAGCUUGUCCUUUUCUACUGAAAUGUGUCUUUUUAAAGAAACUCCUAAACAAAGCUGAUAACCUGUCGUACUCCUGCCAACAACUUGCUUUCCCAAUCUGACUUUUCUAGGCCUUUCCUCUUUGUAAAGCUGUUGUAAUUUUGAUGUAAAGGCAGAGCUUAUGUGUGGGGGAGAUACACUACUCAGAAAAAAAGGCAAAAGAAGACAUGAAUUCUUUCCUCGGUCUGUGGUAUACAUAAAAAACUGUUUCUACAUAUCAAUAAGUGUUGUACCUUUGGUGUACAUAUACAAAUAUAACUAAUAAAUGUUGAUUCAUAACUAAA